AUGUCUGGCUCUGAAACCCAAUCCAACGCCUCUAUCCGAGAGGAAAUCUUCAACGAGGACCCUAAUAUCUUUACGCAGAGCGAGAGGGACGGCAUCACUCGUGCAUUUGGCAAUGGUCCUGCCGAGGGAAGCGCUGUCCCCGAGGCCGACGCUGGCACCCAGAACGGUGGAACUGAGGCGUCUCAGAACGGUGGUCAGUAA